GCAGUUGAACGAUUGAAAUUGGAGAAUUGUUGAGAAUUUGUAACCCCCGUAUUCGUCGACUUCAGAAUAUUAAUUACAACUCUCAGAGGCGUGACGCAACUUGAUUAUAUCGCUUUUUGCUCUUCAUCUCAUAAGCAACUGUUGCGAAUAAUCCAUAAUCAUAUGCAAGGAUGCUUUAUCAAAAUAAUCACGGCAAAGAUUAUUUCAACAUAUCUAAACACGAACUACGAUUGCGUGUUUGUAACAACGAAAAAGAUCUUGGGUGCGUUUGGGGAGACGCUAUUAGCGCUAUUUAGCGCUACGAACUGUUCGCGGAGCUAGAUAGUAGCGCUAGCAAACGCUAUCAUGACGUCAUCAAUGGUGGUGUGUGACGUCAUAACUGCGCGCUAUCAACGCUAUUCCUUCCGAGGUAGUGUGUUGGUAGCGUUAGCGUUUACGAGCUCCGUAAACGCUGUAAAUUGUGUAAAAUUGUCUAACCAUUAUUUGAAAUCUAUUGAACGGCAGCGAUAUAUUAAUAUUUAUUACAUAUGUACAAUGGAUAAUUCCAUCGAAAUAACUCUAAAAGAUGCUGAAACUGAAGAAGAGUUCAAGUUACGACUUUCACCGACUAGUGCUUUUAAAGCAGAAACCGAUUUGAAUUUUGCGACUACAUUAUUGAAUGUUGCACGUCAAGGUGCAUGCUUUGGUCAAAACAGUGCAUGUUCUGAAACUGAGCAUAUGCAGACUACAAUAUCAUAUGAUACUCCGUUGGAGGAAGCAUCUGGUUACCAGAUUCUGAUGAUAUAUAUAUGUUACCUUCUCAGGAACAAUCUCAAAGAGAAACGAAAGAGGAAAUGAGAGAAGAUCCAUUGUUUGAAAACAA